UGGUUUACUGUAUAGCUGCUGCUGAAAUGACUGCAACAAUUGUUGAUGGUGCACAGGAAACUACUGCUAGACCUAACAAUGAUGAUUUCAUCAAUGCAGAUCGAAUUGAAGAAAUGUGCAAGAAAUCAUUUGAACCAGAGCAACAACAGUUAAACCUGUUGGUUAAACAACUUACGGCAUUGUGUGCCAAAAAACUGUCAGGUGCGAGCACAUCUGUUCAGAAUCAAAAGCCACCCAGCAGUACACAUGUCGAAAAAAAUUAUGCUCUAUAUUGUCAAAGAUGUGGAUCAUUAAAAGUCACUAAGAUACCAGGUGGCAGUGUUACAUAUGUUGUUGCCUCUGAAAAGUAUAUUAGUUCAGAAGUAAAUGAGGAAUUGGCAGAUAGACUUUUCCUCUCUUCUUUGCUACCUCAUGUCAGAAAUAUUCCUGAUUGCCAUAAACUUGAUUGGCAAAUUAAAUGCAUGAGGCUUUUUAAGAGGUAUCUACGACGACGGAAUAACAUAUGA